AUGGGGCAGCGCGAACGCAAACCCCGACUAAAAAAUUACACGAGCAAUGGCGAAGAAGUGACGUAUGAAGUGAUUAUGCAUGCGAUGCCUCAUCCGCAGUUCAUCACUCCUGGGACAAAGGAUUUUAAGGUGAAGUGUAUGUACCGUUUGGAAGACGAGACGCUUAAACAGCGAAUACGCGCAGACUCUAUACAACCGAUCAUCAUCAAUAAGAACCUGAAGCUUCCCCGGUGUUCCUACGUUAUUAGAAAAAACGGGCUGAACGGUCCAUUAUUGGAUUCAGCGGUUGUCGGAGACAGAGUUUAUCACAUAUGGGAAUGUAAAGGUGAACGACAGUUUAUUGGACUGUUUAAUAUAUCCAUGAGAACCUAA